AUAUAGAUUUUUUAUCGUUUCUCUAUGCAUUCAAACCUCACUAAAACCCUAGAACCCAAAUUUCUCCGUGCACACCAAUGGAGUGGAACCCUGAAACCCUACAAUUUCUCUCUCAAUGCUUUCUCCACACUCUCUCCCCUUACCCGGAGCCCCGCCGCCACGCCGAGUCCAGCCUUUCUGAGGCUUCCGACCGCCCCAACUACGGCCUCGCCGUCCUCCGCCUGGUCGCCGAGCCCACCGUCGACGAGCCUAGCCGCCAAGCCGCCGCCGUGAACUUCAAGAACCACCUCCGCGGGCGGUGGGCUCCCGAGCCUCCCUCCGAGCCCAAUGUCCCAACCCUAGCUCCCAUUCCUGACUCCGAGAAGGACCAAAUCAAGGCCCUCAUUGUCCCCCUCAUGCUCUCGUCUGCUCCACGGAUCCAAUCCCAGCUCAGUGAAGCCCUAGCGGUGAUCGGCAAGCAUGAUUUUCCGAAAUCGUGGCCGGCUCUGCUGCCGGAGCUCAAAUCGAGCCUAGAGAAAGCAGGUGAGGCUUCUGAUUAUGCAACUGUUAAUGGAAUACUCAGCACUGUAAAUUCAAUAUUUAAGAAAUUCCGAUAUCAGUACAAGACCAAUGAUUUAUUACUUGAUUUGAAGUACUGUCUUGAUAAUUUUGCGGAGCCAUUGUUGAAAAUUUUUAUGCGAACCGCGGGUUUAAUUGAUAAUGUGGCAAGUUCCGGCGGGCAAGCUGCUGCGACCUUGCGGUCUCUUGUUGAGUCGCAGAGGUUGUGUUGCAGAAUAUUUUAUUCUUUGAAUUUUCAAGAAUUGCCUGAGUUUUUUGAAGAUCACAUGGGGGAAUGGAUGGGCGAGUUUCAAAAGUAUCUUACUGUGAAGUACCCUUCACUUGAAGAUGGUGGUGGUGAUGGGCUUGUGCUUGUUGAUGAGCUGCGAGCUGCGGUUUGUGAGAAUAUAAGCCUCUAUAUGGAGAAGAAUGAGGAAGAAUUUCAGGGAUACUUGGGUGGGUUUGUGGAAGUUGUAUGGAAUCUUCUCGUGGCUGUGUCUGCAUCUUCUAGUCGUGAUAGGUUAACGGUGACUGCAAUCAAGUUCUUAACCACAGUUAGCACGAGCGUUCACCACACUUUGUUUGCCAGGGAUUACAUUCUACAACAGAUUUGUCAGAGUAUUGUUAUCCCAAAUGUGAUGUUGAGGGAUGAGGACGAGGAGCUGUUUGAAAUGAAUUAUGUUGAGUUUAUCAGAAGGGACAUGGAAGGAAGUGAUCUCGAUACAAGGAGGAGGAUUGCUUGUGAGCUUCUGAAGGGAAUUGCUACAAAUUACAAAGAAAAGGUGACUCAAAUGGUUUCCAGUCAGAUACAGAGUAGUUUGGCAUUGUUUGCCGAAAAUCCAUCAGCGAAUUGGAAACAUAAGGAUUGUGCCAUAUAUUUGGUUGUCUCCCUUGCAACAAAAAAGGCAGGUGGUACCUCAGUCUCUACUGAUCUGGUAGAUGUUGAGAGCUUUUUCAGAUCAGUAAUUGUGCCUGAGUUGCAAAAUCAAGAUGUAGAUGGGUUUCCAAUGCUGAAGGCUGGUGCUCUGAAGUUCUUCACUAUGUUCAGGACUCAGAUAUCAAAACCCAUUGCAAUGGCAUUGAUUCCUGAAGUGGUCCGCUUCCUUGGUUCUGAGUCAAAUGUGGUUCAUUCCUAUGCUGCAAGUUGCAUUGAGAAACUCUUGUUGGUCAAGGAUGAUGGAGGACGAGCAAGAUAUAUAUCGUCAGACAUAAGCCCGUUUUUACUUGUGUUGAUGACGAACCUAUUCAGUGCAUUGGGAAAGCCAGAGUCUGAGGAGAAUCCAUAUGUAAUGAAGUGUAUCAUGAGGGUUCUUGGAGUGGCAGACAUUUCUCGUGAGGUUGCUUCACCUUGCAUCACUGGGCUCACUUCUGUGCUCAACAAAGUCUGUGAGAAUCCAAAAAAUCCAAUCUUUAAUCACUAUCUCUUUGAGGCAGUGGCUGUUCUUGUCAGGCGGUCCUGUGAGAAGGACCCUUCUCUUAUCUCUGCCUUUGAAGCAAGCCUAUUUCCCAGCCUCCAGUUGAUCCUGGCUAAAGAUGUAACAGAAUUCUUCCCAUAUGCAUUCCAGCUGCUGGCUCAGCUUGUUGAGUUGAAUAGACCCCCAAUCCCACCACACUAUAUGCAGAUAUUUGAGAUUCUCCUGUUGCCCGAUUCAUGGAAAAGAUCUGGAAAUGUUCCAGCCCUUGUUCGCUUGCUUCAAGCCUUCCUUCAGAAGGCUUCCCAUGAGCUUAACCAGGAGGGGAGGUUGACCCAGGUGUUAGGGAUAUUCAACAAACUUGUUUCAUCUCCUAGCACAGAUGAUCAGGGAUUUUAUGUGCUGAACACAGUUAUUGAGAACCUUGGAUAUGAUGUAAUUGCCCCCUACAUGGGCCACAUCUGGGCUUCCCUAUUUACGCGACUCCAAAAUAGCAGAACUGUGAAGUUUGUGAAGUCUUUUCUGAUAUUCAUGUCUCUUUUUCUGGUUAAACAUGGUUCCCAGAACCUUGUUGAUUCAAUGAAUGGUGUUCAACCCAAUAUAUUUCUUCUGAUCUUGGAGCAAUUUUGGAUACCUAAUCUCAAACUGAUCACAGGUUCUAUUGAGCUCAAGUUGACAUCAGUUGCUUCAAUCAGACUUAUCUGUGAAUCUCCAGCCCUCUUGGAUCCUGCUUCUAGUAGACAUUGGGGGAAAAUGCUGGACAGUAUUGUUACCCUUCUUUCACGGCCAGAGCAGGAUAGAGUUGAAGAGGAAUCAGAUGUUCCAGAUUUUGGGGACAAUGUGGGUUAUGGUGCUACUUUUGUACAUCUACACAAUGCUGGAAAGAAAGCGGAGGAUCCUUUGAGGGAUGUUAGGGACCCCAAGCAAUUUUUGGUGGCUUCAUUAGCAAAUCUUUCUGCUCGUUCCCCUGGUAGGUACCCUCAAGUUAUCAGUGAAAAUCUUGAUACAGCAAAUCAAGCAGCCUUGCUUCAGCUCUGCAGCUCCUAUAAUCUCUCAAUUGUUUGAGAAAGAAACUAUCUGAAGAUUUUGGUUGAGCAUAAGAAUGAGAUUUUGUUUGUCCAAUUUUCAAACAACAGGGAAUACUUGAUAUUGUCAUCCAGUGGAGAGCACAACUAUUUUGUUGAGGGUUUUUUGGUGGUCACAAUUUUGAAGAGUGCUGUUUAGCAUCAUUAGUUUGUCAGAAGUUGGCAUUUAUUACAUUACAGUUGGUUCCAAUGGGUUAUCAUCAUCUCCCUCUCUCUCAGGGUCUCACGAUAGUGGCGUUGGCUUCUCUUUUGGUCACAGUAAAUCCCAGGUCAUGCCUGCAUGAUUACGUGGAGGUUCCACAUUGUAGUAAAGGGAUAUGGGGUCACCGUUUGUGUUGUGUCUGGUUGUUGGGUUAUCAGCAUUACGGUUGUUUCUGUUGUGGCUUGAAUAUUCCAUCCUUCUCCAUGCUUCUUUUGGUUUCUAUAUUCCUGUACUAUUUUCCUCUUGAGUUAUUAAGCGAACAAGGAAGAAAGAAGACAUUUGAAAGAAUCAAAAUGAAUUGUGUUGAAGGUUUGUUUGUUUUUUCUCAUGUGUAUCUUCAAAUGCACCUGUGCUUUUGCUAA